AUGAGGGAGGAGAGAGAGAAUGUGUUAUCUUGGCCUCUGAUCGGAGAGAAAGAGAAGAAGACAAGUAGAGUCAAGGAGGAAGUGAAGAAGCAGCUAUGGCUUUCGGGCCCACACAUCGGGGUGAGUCUUCUUCAGUUUUGUCUGCAAGUAAUCUCAGUCAUGUUCGUCGGACAUCUUGGCUCUCUUCCUCUCUCCGCCGCCUCCAUUGCCACCUCCUUUGCCUCCGUCACCGGCUUAACCUUCCUAAUGGGAACAGCAAGUGCACUGGACACACUUUGUGGCCAAUCCUACGGAGCUAAAAUGUACGGAAUGUUAGGCAUACAGAUGCAAAGGGCAAUGCUUGUUCUUACACUAGUCUCUGUUCCCCUCUCUAUCAUUUGGGCCAACACAGAGCACUUCCUCGUCUUCUUUGGCCAAGACAAAUCCAUUGCAAGCCUCUCUGGCUCAUACGCCAGAUUCAUGAUCCCUAGCAUCUUCGCCUACGGUCUUCUUCAAUGUCUCAACAGGUUUUUGCAGGCGCAGAACAAUGUGUUUCCUGUGGUUCUCUGUUCUGGAGUCGUCGCUUCUAUUCAUGUGGUCCUCUGUGGGGUCUUGGUGUUGAAAACUGGUUUAGGGUUUAGAGGAGCUGCUGUGGCGAAUUCUAUCUCCUACUGGCUUAAUGUCAUUCUCCUGUCGUGUUACGUCAAGUUUUCACCUUCUUGCUCAUUGACCUGGACCGAUUUCUCGAAGGAGGCUCUGCGCGAUAUCGUCGGUUUUACAAAGCUAGCUAUUCCUUCUGCACUUAUGGUCUGCUUAGAGAUGUGGUCCUUUGAGCUUUUGGUUCUCUCGUCUGGACUGCUUCCGAACCCUGUUCUACAAACUUCUGUCCUCGCAAUCUGCCUUAAUACAUCAGGAACAAUCUGGAUGAUCCCGUUUGGUCUUAGUGGCGCCGCAAGCACAAGAGUGUCAAAUGAGUUAGGAGCGGGGAACCCAGAGAUGGCUAAGUUUGCGGUUCGUGUGAUCAUGAGCAUUGCAAUCGUAGAGAGCAUACUAGUUGGAUUGGUUUUGAUACUCAUAAGGAAGAUAUGGGGAUUUGCUUACAGUAGUGACCCGCAAGUAGUUACAUAUGUUGCCUCGAUGUUGCCGAUUCUCGCCUUAGGCCACUGCCUAGAUAGCUUCCAAAGCGUUCUUUCAGGGGUUGCUAGAGGAUGUGGAUGGCAGAAGAUAGGAGCUUUGGUGAAUCUUGGAUCAUAUUAUCUUGUUGGUGUUCCCUUUGGUUUGGUACUUGGUUUUCACUUCCACUUCGGUGGUCGGGGGUUUUGGCUUGGAAUUAUAUGUGCACUCGUCGUUCAAGUUGUAUGUCUUUCCCUCAUCACAUUUAAUACAAAUUGGGAUGAAGAGGUCAAGAAAGCUACAAGCAGAGUUGAGUCUACUUCAGGUGUGAAGGAUUUUGCAGCCGACAAUGGGUCAAUUAUUGUAUUCUCUGAGUGA